GUCAAUCCUCAAAGUAACAAAGUCAGUGAGAUCCGAACCUGGAAAAUAGAAGAAAUUAACCUAUAAUAAUGUCAAAUAUAACCUAUUAUUUGUAAAAUUUUAAAAUCCUAUGAAUUAAAAAUGUUUUUAGGAAACACCAAAUUACCAAAAAGGACUUUCAAUAAUGUAAUUCAAUUUUCAAGGCUCAGGAGGUAUUACAGUGAAAAAUUAACGAUUCCAGAAGUAAAUAUUCCAUUUUCAAAUGGGCGUAACUUGAAUAUAUCAACAGGGCAGUAUGCCCGAUUAGCGGACGGUUGUGCAGUAGCGACCUUAGGAGACACGUCUGUAAUGGUAACGGUAGUAUCCAAAUCUAAAUCAAGCAAUAGUGGUUUUCUCCCACUAACCGUAGACUAUCGUCAAAAAUCAGCCGCUGCUGGACGUAUACCGACAAAUUUUUUCCGUCGAGAAUUGGGGCCUUCCGAACGUGAAAUAUUGACAUCUCGUCUCAUAGACCGCAGUCUCCGCCCUCUCUUCCCAGAGCAUUUCAAUUGUGAGACCCAAGUUAUCUGUAACAUGUUAGCAGUUGAUGGAGUGAACAACCCUGACGUCAUUUCAAUAAAUGCAGCAUCGGCAGCUCUAUCACUAAGUGAUAUCCCUUGGAACGGGCCUGUCGGAGCAGUGAGAGUAGGCCUCAUCAGCAACGAGGUUGUGAUUAAUCCCACAAGGAAAGAAUUGCAGGGUUCUAUUUUGAAUUUGGUGGUAUCAGCAACAAAAAGAAAUCUGGUUGUCAUGUUAGAAGGCAAUGCUGAUGUCAUAUUGCUUCCAGACUUGCAAAAGGCUAUCAAGCUGGCUACUAAGGAAGUUCAGGGUAUUGUGAAUGAGAUCGAGAGGAUGCAGAAGGCUUAUGGCAAGCCUAAAAGGCAGCUUGAUAUCCCUGUAGAGGUGUCUCAGGAAAUAACUGAGGCGUUACGCUCUUUUUCAGAAAUGCGAGUCCGGGAGAUUUUCAAAAACUAUAAUUUGGAUAAGAUAAGUAGAGACAAUGCUCUCAGUGAUGUUAGGACAGACGUAUUAGACAAAAUUAGAAUAAAUUUUCCUGAUUCGGAUAGUUCGCUAGUAGCAGAUAAUUAUAAUAAGAUGGUGAAGCAAAUUUUUCGAGAUUUGGUAUUCGAGGAACGAAAACGGUGUGACGGACGCGAGUUUGAUGAAGUGAGAGAUAUUUCUUGCAAAGUGAACCUUUAUAAGCCACUGCAUGGGUCUGCUUUGUUCCAAAGAGGGCAGACGCAAGUUUUCUGUACUGUUACUCUGGAUUCACAUGAUAGUGCUCUGAAACUGGACCCCCUAAGUGUUUUAACAAGUGGUGUGAAAGAAAAAAACUUUUUCCUUCAUUACGAGUUUCCACCUUUUGCCACCAAGGAGACGGGCCGUAUGGGGCCAAUUGGUAGAAGAGAGAUGGGACACGGAGCUCUGGCAGAGAAGGGGCUGACUCCGACAGUACCAGACAACUUUCCUUUCACCAUAAGACUGACAUCAGAGGUUCUAGAAUCAAAUGGAUCCAGUUCAAUGGCCAGUGUGUGUGGUGGAAGUUUGGCUUUGAUGGAUGCAGGUGUUCCCAUCAGCGCUCCAGCUGCCGGCGUAGCCAUGGGUCUUAUAACACGUUAUGACUUUACCAAGAAAGUUAUAGAAGAUUAUUGUCUCCUCACAGACUUGCUGGGCAUUGAAGAUUAUAUGGGAGACAUGGACUUUAAAAUCGCCGGCACGAAGAAAGGAAUAACAGCUUUGCAAGCAGACGUAAAAAUACCGGGACUGCCUCUCAAGCUGGUUAUGGAGGCGAUCCAAAAGGCAGGUGAUGCCAAAUCUCAAAUUCUCAAUAUAAUGCACGAGUGCAUAGAGAAACCAAGAGUAGAAAAAAAGGACAAUUGGCCGGUUUCCAUGAAACUGGAAGUGGAAGCCCACAAGAGGUCGAGACUGUUAGGCAUAGGCGGAAUUAACAUGAAGAAACUAUUCGCUCAAACGGGUGUUCACGUUUCGCAAGUCGACGAUACGACUUUCGAGGUGUUUGCUCCUAGCAGAAGCGCUAUGGAUGAGGCCGAAGAGAUCAUCCAGAAGCUCCUGACGACUGAACGAGCGCCUGAAUUGGAAUUCGGAGGGAUAUACAAGGCGACUGUCGUGGAGCUUCGAGAUAUCGGAGUCAUGGUCACGUUGUAUCCCGGGAUGCCUCCUGCUUUGCUUCACAACUCGCAGCUGGAUCAACGAAAGAUUGCUCAUCCAUCGGCAUUGGGUUUGGAAGUUGGACAAGAGCUGCAGGUGAAAUAUUUUGGAAGGGAUCCUGUUUCCGGUCUGAUGAGACUGUCUAGGAAAGUAUUGCAAGCAAAUGUGCGAUAACAGUAAACACAUGUAUAAUUUAUAUUUUUUAUUUUUGCCUCACUUUUUUACCAGUAUGGUAGGUUUUUGUACAUAUUUAUUUUACUCAAUAUAUCAUUCUAUAGAAAUU